GGGGCUGGCCGUCCGCACGCUCCCUGCUCGCCGGGCUUGGGGGGUUGCAGCGGGCUGUGGUAGGGGCGCCGCCGUGGCUUCUCCGAGGCGGGUGGGGCAGACUGAGAAGGCUCGGGCCUGGCAGAAGCUAUGUUUGUGGCACGCAGCAUCGCGGCAGACCACAAGGACCUCAUCCAUGAUGUCUCUUUCGACUUCCACGGGCGGCGGAUGGCGACCUGCUCCAGCGACCAGAGCGUCAAGGUCUGGGAUAAAAGUGAAAGUGGAGAUUGGCAUUGCACUGCUAGCUGGAAGACACAUAGUGGAUCUGUGUGGCGUGUGACAUGGGCCCAUCCUGAAUUUGGACAGGUUUUAGCUUCCUGUUCUUUUGACCGAACAGCUGCUGUAUGGGAAGAAAUAGUAGGAGAAUCUAAUGAUAAACUGCGAGGACAGAGUCAUUGGGUUAAGAGGACAACUCUAGUGGACAGCAGAACAUCUGUUACUGAUGUGAAAUUUGCUCCUAAGCAUAUGGGUCUUAUGUUAGCAACCUGUUCUGCGGAUGGUAUAGUAAGAAUAUAUGAGGCCCCCGAUGUCAUGAAUCUCAGUCAGUGGUCUCUGCAGCAUGAGAUCUCAUGUAAGCUAAGCUGUAGUUGUAUUUCUUGGAAUCCUUCAAGCUCUCGUGCUCAUUCCCCCAUGAUAGCUGUAGGAAGUGAUGACAGUAGUCCAAAUGCAAUGGCUAAAGUUCAGAUUUUUGAAUAUAAUGAAAAUACCAGGAAAUAUGCAAAAGCUGAAACCCUUAUGACAGUUACUGAUCCUGUCCAUGAUAUUGCAUUUGCUCCAAACUUGGGAAGGUCUUACCACAUUCUAGCCAUAGCAACCAAAGAUGUGAGAAUUUUUACAUUGAAGCCUGUGAGGAAAGAACUAACUUCUUCUGGUGGGCCGACAAAAUUUGAAAUCCAUAUAGUGGCUCAGUUUGAUAAUCAUAAUUCUCAGGUGUGGCGAGUGAGUUGGAAUAUAACAGGAACAGUGCUAGCAUCUUCAGGUGAUGAUGGCUGUGUAAGAUUAUGGAAAGCUAAUUAUAUGGACAAUUGGAAGUGUACUGGUAUUUUGAAAGGUAAUGGGAGCCCUGUCAAUGGGAGUUCUCAGCAGGGAAACACAAUUCCAUCCCUAGGUUCAAGUAUCCCAAAUCUUCAAAAUUCAUUAAAUGGAUCUUCUGCUGGCAGAAAGCACAGCUGAGUACCAGCUAACUGGAGUAACUUUGCUGUUUUGCUGCUUGUUGCAUGCACACAGGAAUGGAAAGCGAGCUCCUUUUUCCCUUUCCCAGCGCCAUUUGACCUCUCCCAAGAUACACCAGCAGCCUGCUUACUACUAAACAAUCCAAAGGCUCUUAAAAAUACAAUAUAUAUCUUUUUCUUUUGUAUUAGCCAGGCUAUUGACACUGUUUGAAACUUUUGAAAUAUAAAUGGAGAGGCUUUUUUUAAGACAUUGUCACUAAAGUAAUUUUUUUAAAUGUUCCUGAAACUAACAUGGGUUUUAAAAUGAAAAGUGUUACCAUCCUUAUAGGUAUUUGGGAGGAGGGGAUAUACCACUUUAUUUGGAGAAUAGAGGCUUGUUUCUUUUGCUUUCUAAAACAGCUAAAAUGAUGAAUGUGUGCACAAUUUUAAUUUGUAGAUUGAAUAAAUAUUUUUCAUGAUGGUUGUUUUGAGUGCUAAUUUGUUUACAUUUUACACAUGAUAUUCAGUACAAUUCUGUCAUUUCUUUGUAAUAUUUUAGAAAUAUUAGAAAAGGGUGAAAGACGUAGUAGUAAAAUGAAAGUAAAACACACAGUUUGAAGCCAAAUUAAACAUUUGGUAUUACUUCAUUUAUAAUUUAGUAGUAAAAUGAAAAUAUCUUUGUAAAUUUUUGAUUUCUAUUCACUAAAGAGAUUAACAUUUCUAAUAUGUGCUUGUAUAUUUUUAUGGUGUGAUUUGAUGGUUUAAAGUUUCCAGUCACUUUGGAAACCUACUAUAAGAGAAGCAGUUAAAAUUUUGCUGAAAUUGUGCAUGCACAUUAACGUCCACAUUCUUUGUGCCAGAAUUUUCUUAGUUGGUCACUUCAUGUAGUUUAUACCCUAUACAAAUGGAUCCUUGAUGACAAAGCUAUAAAUCUUUGUUAAAAUGCAUUAAGUAUUAUUGGUAAGUUAUAAAAUUGCAGAAUAACAACAGUAGCACAUAUUCUUUGAGCCCUUUUAGUUAUCAAAUUUUUGUGCUAAGGUUUUGCCAGAAAACAACUAAGAAUAUUCAAAGAUUGUAUUUCUUUGAAAGUGAAAGUAUAUUUGAAUUGGUUUUCAGUAUCAUGUUUAAAUUUAAAAAAAAUUGUGCCUGCUGCUACUAUAAAUGAAACAUUGCUUAAAAUAAAGAAAAAGCUUAUUUGAUUUGUAAAUUUACAGGAUAGCGUCAAAUGUUUCUGAGAGGUUAGAAAGUGUUUUAAAUUACAAAAUUUGUCUUUUUUUACAUUUCAAUUUUAACAGAUUGUAGUUUUUCUUUCAAGUUUCUAUAUCUGCUUAGGCAAGCUUGUUUUGCGUAAGGGUCUUGAUUUUUGCUAUUAUAUUCUGUUAGUUUUGGCAUGAAUAUACUAAAGCUUUUUUCAGCAUGUGUUUUAUCCUUUUUGGUUCUCUUUGUAUUUACAACUUUUCUCUUUUAUGUUUUUUUUCUUUUCUUUUUCUGUUGUUUUGUUGUGUUUUGGUGGUUUGUUUCUGUGUUCAUUGUUUCAGGUAUUUCUUUCCCCUUCUGGAGUCCCCACGAGCUGGAUCGAGAUGGUCCAGUUAUACCCAGGUCCUUCCUCCUCCUCCUCCUCCUCCUCCUCCUCCUCCUCCUCCUCCUCCUCCUCCUCCUCCUCC